CGCGCCAAGCUCUCGCGGAAUUGUAGGGGGCGGUAGGUGUGUUGGCGCGCGAUCCUGGGGUCUCUCCGCCGCGCGCGACCAAGGCACUGAUGUUUGAACGGGAGGCUUCCCAGUGUUGAAAAGAAUCUUCAGAACGGCUUUGAACCAGACACGCUAGGAAUCUCUUCAGGACACCGCCUUCAGCAUGCAUCUCCCGCUCUGGGCUUUCCUGGCCAGGAGCUUUUUGAAGAGGUCGUGCUGCAGAGAGCCCGAAUGCUGAUGCUCGUGGAACCAGCUUAGUGGAUUCCAUUUUUCCGACACAGAGAGGAGCAGUCGCUGGUGGGGCGCAAGAAGCGAUCCUAGACGAGAGAACCCGAAUAAAUAGAAUGAGUGCGACAGGCAAGUAAAUGGCCACCACUACCUCAACAGAGCUGACAUCAGCCUCCUGGUGGAAUUAUUUUUUCCUGUAUGAUGGUUCAAAGGUAAAGGAAGAAGGAGAUCCAACAAGAGCUGGCAUUUGUUAUUUCUACCCUCCUCAGACCCUGCUCGACCAGCAGGAGUUGCUGUGUGGACAGAUUGCGGGCGUCGUGCGCUGUAUCUCUGACAUCUCCGCCUCUGCUCCAGCCCUCGUUCGUCUGCGGAAGCUGAAGUUCGCCGUAAAGGUGGACGGAGAGUUCCUUUGGGUCCUGGGCUGUGCGGUGGAGCUCCCUGACAUUAGCUGCAAGCAGUUUCUGGAUCAGCUCAUUGGAGUCUUUAAUUUUUACAAUGGACCUGUUUCUCUGGCUUACAAGAACUGUUCUCAGGAAGACCUGUGUGCCGAAUGGGACACCUUCAUUGAACAGAUUCUGAAGAACACCGGCGACCUGCACAAGAUAUUUAGUUCCCUCUGGAACCUGGACCGAACUCAGGUGGAGCCCCUGUUGUUGCUGAAGGCAGCCCUCAUCCUGCAGACCUGCCAACGCUCCCCUCACGUUCUAGCUGGCUGCAUCCUCUACAAGGGACUGAUUGUCAGCACCCAGCUCCCGCCCUCCCUCACGGCCAAGGUCCUGAUUCACCCAGCUGCAUCUCGGCACCAGAGGAGACCUGCAGGAGGGGGUGGCCCGCAGGAACGGGGAGCGGCGCUCCCCCCGAAUGUCCGGAUCAUGCCUGUGUUCCUGACUGAAGAGGAGGCCACCAGUCUCCGCGAGUUCCCGAGGGAGCAGGCAGCUAGCCCCGCUGCAGCACCGGCCAGACUACAGGAGUGCUCGGCCCAGCAGCCUCCGUACCCUCGGAGCACCAGUGCCCCGACAGACAACGCCACUGGCCACGUGGAACCCGCGGCCUGGAUGUUGGCAGCCACUCCCGAGUCUGCAUGUCCUGACGUAGCAUGGCCGGAUGGCAAGGGGGAGAACGGGCACUUGCCUGGCCGUGAUCUGGAGAACGUCAAGCCAGCAAAAUGGCACGGCCCUGCCAGGGAUGAGGGUCCCGGUCUUGGCUACUCCCUGGUGAAGGAACUUCGUCUGCCCUGGGGGGAGGAGGAACCAGACUUGUCUGCCAUCCACAUUCCAGAAGCUCAGGAAACAGGAACAUCCUCAGGUUAUUUUGCCCUCCCGAGUACGGGCGCCCCAGAUGGUGGCAGUCCUUGCUUUGAGGAAUUUGUCAGGGACUCUGGCGACCCGGCACCCGAGCCACGUGAUGCCCCACCGGUGGUCAUGGCCAUCAGCAGCGUCCUCUCCCCGUCCACUCCCGAGCCGCUCAGCCAGAACGGAGCCCUGGAACAGCACGAUGCCCUUCCAGGGGACAGCAGCCAAGCCCCCUUUCCCAGGGAAGACCACCUCCCCGGAAGGACGAGCAGGCCUCGGUCAUGGCCUUGCUCAGACUUGAGGCAGAGAAGAACCGCGCUGCCCGUGGGGGAGCAGGGCGUGGAGCGGUGUGUUGGGGUUCAUGACAGCUGCUCAGCACCCAGCGGCUCAGCCUUGCCAGAGUCUCAGGACGACAACGGUCCCUCCACAGACAGAAGGGACCCAGGGUCAGCCCCAGCAUCCUGUAUGGGCCUCGUGCCGACGAACCUCUACACCCACAGCGUUAACGGGCUGGUGCUGUCCCUGCUGGCCGAGGAGCCACUGCGGGGCGACGAUGCCGCCAUCGAGGAGGUGCACUGGCCUGCUGAGGUUACGUCUGCCCCCCCUUUGCAGUACCACAGUAGCCUGGCGUCCCUGAACGGGCUGGAGGUCCACCUGAAGGAGACGCUACCCAAAGAUGCGGCUGCCUCCCCCAGCAGGACGUACAACUUCACGCAUUACGACCGCAUCCAGAACGUGCUGACCGCGAACCUGCCACAGACGGCCACCCCCCAGGACCGCCGCUUCCUCCGGGCCGUCAGCCUCAUGCACUCAGACUUUGCCCAGCUGCCUGCGCUGUACGAGAUGACCGUCAGGAAUGCCUCCACGGCCGUGUAUGCCUGUUGCAGCCCCGCCCAGGAGACCUACUUCCAGCAGCUGGCAGCGGCGGCUCGGAGCUCCGGCUUCCCCAGCCCGCAGGACGGCGCCUUCAGCCUCCCGGGCAAAGCCAGGCAGAAACUGCUGAAGCACGGUGUGAACCUGCUGUGAGCUGGGCCGGGCUGCGAAGCUCGCUCCCCCGGGGGGCCCUCGCAGCUCCACCACCAGCAAAGGGAGCUCUGCCUCCUGAAAUGGAAGAGGUCCCUCUGCGUCCUCUUUCUUGGGACAUCCUUGUUUUUCAGGAACCGUAAGGAUAUGUGAGUGUUUGAACUCUUGUAGCCUGGGGUUUGAGCGGACCUGGAGCCUGCGAUGAAGGGCUUUAUUACACUGGCCAUGUUGUACCGAAGAGGGGCAGGGCCUGGCCAUGUGCCUGUCACUCUGCGUCCCAGAUACCCGGCAUGUCUCGCUGUUCUUCCCAUCGGGGCCUUGACUAGUACCGUGAGCAUUCGGGUGGGUGUUUUCUCCAGAACCCUGUUGUCCUGAGUCCCGCAGACAGUGUGAGGCGGGGGCUGCACGGGGCGAUGGGAGUUGUUUGCAGCUGGACCGGGACUCCUGCACCUCGGGUGGGGGUUCCUCGGAGCGGUCCUCCCAGGAGGUCUGGACACUUGAUGCAGGGAGGCGGGCCCCAAUGCCAAAACCACCUUGUUUUGCAUUCUUCUGGAACUACAUUCAAAACCAGGAGCCUAUUCUUUGGAACACCCACGGGGGGCGGGAGGCAGAUCUUGAUAACGUGGAAGGGAGCCUGCGGUUUUGAGGUAACCCUGAGCCCCAGGGUGCCAAGACUGGGGUAACCGGGUGCACCUUUGGUGCGAGGUGGGCUGUGCAGCUGACCCCCAUUGAGUGAGUGUCCUCAGCUAGAAGGUUCCCAGAUGUCUGGGGCAAAAGCAAAACUCUGUCUCCCAGCGGUGGCUGUGUGAAAGGGAGUGGCCUUCGUGUGUGUUCCUGCCCAUGUUACAGGCGACGGUUUAUGACAAUGUGCUGUGGAUCACAAUAGGAAAUCCUUACCAGGGUCUUAACUGUUUACUGGAAGGACCCGAGAUCCCAUUUGAAAACUACAGUGUUAAUAAUUUUCCUAACGGUGAACAAGCAUCUCAUGUUGGUGACCGCGUCUUUUUCUUGAAAUAAGUUACCAAAGGCUAAAAAUAAAGCAGCCAAAAAUGCUGUUGACUUGUGAGGAAUGCUAACAUCUCUAGUGACAAAGUGAAGGUAAGGGUUAAGAUGUGUGUGUGUGUGUGUGUGUGUGUGUGUGUGUGUGUUUGACAUGGACACUUUUCUCUUUGCCUUGUCUGAUCCAGUGCGGGCCGGUGAGGAGGGACGCACUUCUGACUGGUGUGUCCACAACGGUGACGGACUGCGGCCAGCCAUCUGGCUUCAGUGUGGCUGGCCCAGCGCACAGGCCCAGUUACCUCUCCUCCUUGGGGUCGCUCCCGCCACUGGCUGGCCUAAGAGGACCACCUUCCCAGAUGGAAGAGGGUCACACCCUAAGCGAGGGUAAAUGCAUACUGCCCUACUGCUCUAAGUUCUCCAAGAAGAAAUUCGUGACAAGCCUCUGUGCCACGCCGUCAGGGAAUCUUCCCACGACUGACACAUCACACGGCCCUUUUCUGUUGUGGGGUUAUUUUUAAGCAGCCACACUUUUCCUUUUGCUCACUGGGGCUCCGGAAUUCUGAAGUCCCCAGAUCUGAGCUCAGUAACAUUACAACCCGUCACGUGUUGAAACGUGACAUAACCCGUUUUCGUCUGCCCACUCCCAGCUCACCUAACUGCCUGAGUUCAAGGACUCUUCCAAAGCAGAUCUGUUUCACAAGAAAAUCACUUGGCUGUCACUGUCAUUUCUUAGAUGUCGUGCCAUCUACAGACAUCUUACUGGGUCUGCUUCCAGAAACCUCUCUCCCCAUCUACUUUCUCAGAGCUGCCAUUGAGCCGAAAAACACUCUUAAGACAAAAUGCCUUUGUUUCUGAGAAUCCUCUUUAGACCUUACCCCAAAAUGAAGUCUUACCAGUCACCAGAGAACAUGAGAUUAACACAGCAGAAUGCGAAGACACGAUGGUCCUUUCAAAAUACACCCGCAAAUUCUUCAUUACAAAUUAGGUACCUAUACCUCCUCCCUUGAGCGGAGGGCUGUACUUAGCGAUUUGCUUCUAACAAAUAGAACGUGGUAAAAACAACAGGAUGACUUCUGGGAGCAGGUUACACAGCACGUGGUGGCUUCCAUCCCUCUCUUGGUUUGUCUCCUUUGGGAGACGCAUUCACACAGUCCAUGGAGAGGCCCUCAUGGUGAGGGUCUCCUGCCCACAGCCAUGUAAGGGAGCCUUCUUGCUCCUGCCCCGGUCAAGCCUUCAGAUGAGUGCAGCCUAAUGAGAAACUGAACCGGGAUCGUCAAGCUAAGUUGCUUUGGAAUUCCCAGUCUUUCAAAAGUGUGUGACAUAAUAAAUGCAUGUGCUUCUGA